AUUUGCCCGCUCAAAUGCACAACUAAAAUUAACUAUCGCAAUUCCUCAUGUUGUUGGGUCCAGUCCAGUUGAGUCGAAAUUUAUUCACCGGGUGUUGUCAGUUGUGUAUCGAUGGAUUCCCAUCAAAUUCGGGUAACCGCGCUUGGGCGCAGCGGGCGCAGCGUGAAAGUUGGAAAUUUUUACAACUAUUAUUCCGACAGCAUAUUCGAUUUUCAACAGGCAGAGUCAUAGUGCCCCAGGAAUCCAUAUCAAUCAACAAGAUAUUACCUGAAACAGCUAAGUGGUUUCAUCUGCCUCAAUCCAGCCAUUUGAAGGACGAACUCUACGAAGCCUUAUGCAUCAAUACGCACCUGCGCAUCAGCAUUGAUAACAAAUUUGUGGACUUGAGCCAACUUUGGUUCGCUGAUUUUCUGGAAUCAAGCCAAGCAGCAGCAGAAGUAGAAGACAACAAUGGAGCUCAAGUCACUUUCGUUUUCCGAGCCUGCCGACAAAUCGAAGCUCUUUGUCCAAAAUUCAUCGACUCGAAACUCAACGAAUACCAGAUCGCAACUUACGGUCAAGUAACUCAUUUGGUCGAGCAGGUUAUUUACGGAGCCGAAUUUAUUUGUUCGCUGCAAAGAACCAUCGAUCGCCAGCACGAAACGAAGGAGAAAGCGGAAAUAAACCUAUACUUGGCAGCCGAAGAAUACUUCAAUCAAGUAUUUGGUCUUAAUAACGAUAGUCCAGAUUUACCUGCAGCAUUAGACAAUGUCCAAUGUCAAAUCCUCAGCAGCCUUGAUCCUGGUAAUGAACUAGAGGGAUCUUUCCAGAAAUCCAUUCAACAUCUCAAGGAUGCGAUGAGUUUUGAUAAUGACGACAGUCACUGGAGACCGGUUGAAAUUACUUUACGAAAUAUCCCGGAACAAAUGGAAGCUCGACGUCGGUACGAAAUGAAGAAUGAUGUCAUCAAAAGAUGCAAUAUGCGUCAAGCCACGUUUGAUCGGAUUAUGGAUUUUGGAGUUGCUGAAUUUAAUGAUCCCCUUAAUCAUUUUAAAAUAUUUCCUCAACUCCACAUUGUUAUAUCCCAGUUCUCUUGGUUGCUAGGACCACUUAAGCAGAAAAUUCAGAGAUUUCACGAGACAUUAAAAACGACGACUAAUCCCGAACGAAACCUUGAAGAAAGACAAAUCUCCAACUUACUCCGUGAUACGUUGUAUUGGAUGUUUCACCUACGUUCUGACAUGGACAAGAUUUUUUGGCUAAUCGAAGGCACCCAAUUGAAAAUUUUGGAUUUGGCAAAGAUUGAGAUGCUUACGGCAACCAACAAACUAAAUCGAGCCAAAGUAUUUGUGUUGAGAGCCGAAUUCUAUCCAAGUCCGCUAAUUGAGUCCAUUUAUGCAUAUAUUGGUAAUCCUUCUGCAAUAACUGCCCCUCUUCCGGUCCUUCCGAUACUUUUGGGUGACAAGAGGCAACUCGAAAAAAUUAGAGAAGAGUUACAACAAUUUUCCGCAGAAGCGCAAUCGAAUUCUUUGCUGGAUCAAGAGGAGCUGCGACAUCGCUACUAUAUUGGAAUAACUUCUGAAUAUCCGCAUUUAACCGACGGUACAGUAACGACUUUUGGAGACUUCAUGAAAGAAAACGAUUCUCCGAUGAAACAACAACAAGGAACUGGAAUUAAGCAAGAAAGUAGAUCAUUUUCAGGUGCUGAAGUAAAUCUUUCUACCGGAGUUUGUCUAUCCAUGGAGCAAAGAAACAACUCGAUCUUAACGUCGCCGGAGUCGAGCGCUGACACGGAAGUCGUUCAUUACCAGUCGUCGAAAUCGCCUAAAAUGAAGCAGGCAAAUCAACUAAAACGACUGGAUGAAGAAGGCCGACGGGUUGAAGAGGAAGAUACGAAAUCGGAAUCUUUAGUCGACUGCAUGCAAGCCCAUUGUAGUAUAGGAGACAAACUGGACGAGAAUGAGAACUGCAUCACAGAAGAAUCAGUUGACGACGUUGGUAAUCAAUCUGUCCAAUACUGGAACAGUACAAUGUCAAUCUCCCACCGUGAAUUCUACCAUCAUGAAAUUUCCAUAGACAUGGACUGCGCUACUGAAACACCUCCGCCCGACGAAAUUGAAAAUGAUGACCAGCUCAACAACCAAAUAAUUGCCGAAUUUUUCGCCGAUGAGAAAAACCGGUGCGCUGAAUUAAUCAAGAAAGGACAACCUAAUGUUUAUUUGCUGAACGCUACGGACACGUCGGCGAGUGAAGAUCUCCGGUGGUUUGACGUCGGUAGGCCUGUCCGUUCUCCGCCAACCUGUAUGAAAAAUCACAAAUUAAUCAUCUUGAUGGGCGCCACUGGAUGCGGCAAGAGCACCCUGAUAAACGGAAUGGUCAACUACAUCCUCGGCGUCAAAUGGAACGAUCCGUUCCGUUUCAAAUGUGUCCGCGUGAUGACAAAACGACUGCCAGGAACCAGGCGCAUAGUCAAACGAGUACAGUAACAUCCUACACUAUUCGCCACCGUAAUGGAAUGGCAGUUCCUUAUUCGAUCACGAUCAUCGACACGCCCGGCUACGGAAACACGAGAGGAGUGAAAAGAGACAAGGAAAUCACGCGCAACAUUCAACAAUUUCUGACUCAACAGGAAAGUCGAGUAGAAGAAAUUCACGCCGCCUGUUUUGUGGCCGCUUCCGGUGACAGCCGAUUAACCGCCACCCAGAAAUACAUCAUCGACUCUGCUCUUUCUAUUUUUGGUAAAGAUAUAAAAGAGAACAUUCGCCUGUUGGUGACAUUUGCGGACAAUGCCGAUCCUCUCGUCGUCGAGGCCUGCCGUGCUGCCGAUUUCCCCGUGACAUCCGCGUCGGCCGGAAUUAUUUUUAGCAAAUUCAACAGCUCCGUCCUGUACGCAUUCCAUAUCGACGCGACAGAUUCCUCCUCCUCCCUAGCCAGCACCACCAGUGAUUUACCAGACAUCUCGAACGUCACAGCCAACGCUGACAGCGACAGCGUCAACUCGAUUGCCAGUACUAACAACAUAACCGCCGAAGUCGAGCCCGUCGAAUUUUUAGCUUGAAAAGUUGACUUUCGGCUGUAAUCCCCCAUUUUCUUCUUUUUCUUUAUUUUUUUGGUGCUUCCUUAUUAUUUUUCCUUUUUUUGAUUUUUUUAAAACGUCGUUUAUCCAUUUCUUAAUAUUCUUGCUAGAGAAAGAAGCUCAGCGCGCUGGGGUUUAGACGGAUCAAUCACGGCCAUCGUUUUCCUCGAUUUUCUUUUUUUUUAAACAAAAAAAAAGAAUUAUUUAAAAGUGAAGAAAAAUCAAAUGUAGAUGAUCGCUUCUUCUUCGCAUCGAAAGGAAAAGUCCUUGUUUGUUUGUUUACUUUUCAACUGGUAACCAUCUAUUUCUACAUAAUUUUUUUUUAUUGUAUCCCACAUUUUUCUUGGUUGUGGGCUUUAAGCCUUUAAUAGCGAAACUGAAAGAAAAGGAGUUUUCUUCACGAGGAAAAUUGUGCGAGGAAAAAUUGCAGCUGGUUAAUUUUUUCUUCUAUUUUUCUUUUUCGUCUUUCGAAUCGCGGUCGAUGAGUUUUUAACUAUCUAUCUAUCGAUGUUUUUUUUUCUUGCUGCUUUUACUUCUCUGCUUAUUUGUAAUGCACCUUAAUUUUAAACAAGCUCUGGUCAAGACCGUU